UAGUUCCAGGGCGCGCCUUCCGCACCGUUCUGGCGUGGCAAGACCCGCCUCUUUGGGGCCGCCAGGGGCGGGACGCGCACUUGUAGGUUAAAGGGGGGGGCAGCGUGGGACCAGACCGCCGAUGCUGGAGUCGCGGCGUCCCUUCCGCCCGGCCUGGGGAAAGCCUGACCUGCGGAUUCUCCCGGUAGCUCAGUGGGAACCAGGACCAACGCGACGGCGCCCGCCUCCCUGCCUCGGUCGGCGGGGACUAGGACCGAUCCGGGCCUGCAGGUCCUCCCCGCGCUGCUCGCACCUCGUAGGGUGCUAGAACCGACCGGAUCAGAAAUGGAUUCUGAGUAGUUUUUGCCCAGUACUGUAAAGCUUUUGAACAGUGUACCUGGGAUCUGAAUAGAGAUCUGAUCCAUGGAUUUCCAAAACACACCCACAGAUUCUCCAAGUGUGGUAGGAAGCUCAUUAUCUCAUCAUCACCCCAGGUUUCAGAGAGCCACUGAGGCCAGGCAGUGUGUGAAAGGAGAGGCCCUGCAAAGAGUCCCUGUGAAACCACUGCAUGAAGCUGUGAAGAUAAAACCUAGAUUGCAGUGGAGACUCCAAGAUGUUGGAGAUCUGUGAGACAUCUGCCAAGGAGAGCUGUAUACAGGGAGUGGAAGCAGCCCUACAGGGAGCUUUGUGAUACAGACAACAAAGCCAUCUUACCCCUUUGAAACUGAAGCCCUAGGAUUGGAAAAGACUCUUGACCAGAUAGAAAUGCACAGAAGCUAACUGAAGAAAGCAGGAAGUAAAGACAGAGCAGUCCACUGAUCUGACUGAUUUAUUUGCUCAGGGAAAUAAACCAUCUGUCUCCAGACAUGUCAUCAGAAAGUAAAGAGCAACAUGACCUUUCACCCAGGGAUUCAUCUGAAGGAAAUGACAGUCUUCCAUAUGAGGUCCCUCUGGAAGCUCAGAAAGAAUCAAGCACUGACUUCAAGCAAUUUGAGACCAAUGAUCAGUGCAGACCUUAUCAUAGGAUCCAUAUGGAACCUCAAGAGAAGCCAAAUACUAACAUCAAGCAGUUUAUCAUCAGAAAGUUGGAGAAGAGUUGCCAGUGUAGUCCAGCCAAAGCCAAAAAUAUGAUUUUUGAUUUCCUUCCUGUUUUGCAAUGGCUCCCAAAAUAUGAUCUAAAGAAAAACAUUUUGGGAGAUGUGAUGUCUGGUCUGAUUGUAGGUAUAUUACUGGUACCCCAGUCCAUUGCUUACUCACUGCUGGCUGGCCAAGAACCCAUCUAUGGUCUGUACACUUCUUUUUUUGCCAGCAUCAUUUAUUUCCUGUUUGGUACCUCCCGUCACAUCUCUGUGGGUAUUUUUGGAAUACUGUGCCUUAUGAUUGGUGAGGUAGUUGACCGAGAACUACACAAAGCUGCAUAUAUUUUGCCUUCUUCAGGAAUGGUUGUAAAUGGAAGCAUAUUAGUAAACUACACAUUAGACAGCACUUGUGACAAAAGUUGCUAUGCAAUUAAAAUUGGCAGCACUGUGACCUUCAUGGCAGGAGUUUAUCAGGUAGCAAUGGGCUUCUUUCAAGUGGGCUUUGUCUCUGUCUACCUCUCAGAUGCCUUGCUGAGUGGAUUUGUCACUGGUGCCUCUUUCACCAUCCUCACAUCUCAGGCCAAGUACCUCCUUGGGCUGAGCCUUCCUCGGAGUCAUGGUGUGGGCUCACUUAUCACUACCUGGAUACAUAUCUUCAGAAACAUUCGUAAGUCCAAUAUCUGUGAUCUCAUCACCAGCCUUUUGUGUCUCCUGGUCCUUUUGCCAACCAAAGAACUCAAUGAACACUUCAAGUCCCGUCUGAAGGCACCAAUUCCCACUGAACUCAUUGUCGUUGUGGCAGCCACACUAGCCUCUCAUUUUGGAAAACUAAAUGAGACUUAUAAUUCCAGUGUUGCUGGACAUAUUCCCACUGGGUUUAUGCCACCCAGAGCACCAGACUGGAACUUAGUUCCUAAUGUGGCUGUAGAUGCAAUAGCUAUUUCUAUCAUUGGUUUUGCUAUCACUGUAUCACUUUCUGAGAUGUUUGCCAAGAAACAUGGCUAUACAGUCAGAGCAAACCAGGAAAUGUAUGCCAUUGGCUUCUGCAAUAUCAUACCUUCCUUCUUCCACUGCAUAACUACUAGUGCAGCUCUUGCAAAGACUUUAGUUAAAGAAUCAACGGGCUGCCAAUCGCAGCUUUCAGCUGUUGUGACAGCCCUUGUUCUUUUGCUGGUCCUUCUGGUAAUAGCUCCUUUAUUCUAUUCCCUUCAGAAAUGUGUCCUUGGUGUGAUCACUAUUGUAAAUCUCCGGGGUGCCCUUCUUAAAUUCAGAGAUGUGCCCAAGAUGUGGCGGGUAAGCAGAAUGGAUACUGUUAUCUGGUUUGUUACCAUGCUGUCCUCUGCUCUGAUAAGCACUGAAAUAGGCCUGCUUAUUGGGGUUUGUUUUUCUAUGUUUUGUGUAAUCCUCCGAACUCAGAAGCCAAAGAUUUCAUUGCUUGGUUCGGCAGAAGAAUCUGAAAUCUUUGAAUCCCUGUCUGCUUACAAGAACCUUCAGACUAAACCGGGCAUCAAGGUUUUCCGCUUCAUAGCCCCUCUCUAUUACAUAAACAAAGAAUGCUUUAAGUCUGCUUUAUACAGAGAAACUCUAAACCCAGUCUUAGUAAAGGCAGCUCAGAAGAAGGCAGCAAAGAGAAAACUUAAAGCAGAAACAGUGAGUUUCAAUGGGAUUCAGGAUGAAGUUUCAGUGCAACUUUCCCAUGAUCCCUUGGAGCUGCAUACUAUAGUGAUUGACUGCAGUGCAAUACAAUUUUUAGAUACAGCUGGAAUCCACACACUGAAAGAAGUUCGCAGAGAUUAUGAAGCUAUCAGUAUCCAGGUUCUGUUGGCUCAGUGUAAUCCUUCUGUGAGGGAUUCCUUGACCAGAGGACAAUAUUUCAAAAAGGAAGAAGAAACUCUUCUCUUCUACAGUUUGUCUGAAGCAGUGGAUUUUGCAGUAGAAUCUCAAAACCUUAAAGGAGUGUGUGUGCUCAAUGGUGUGAAUCUUUCUGGUGACUGAGAGGGUAGAUAGAAGGAAGAAGUGUGGCCAGUUUCAGUGUGCAGUAUUUUCUACCUUGAAACUAGGAAGUGGUGCACACUUGAAAUUUUUUUCCUUUGAAGCUAAUAGCCUCUUAAUAUUCUCAAGUGCAGUAGAGCUUAUAGUUGGACAGAAUCAAAAAGAAAAUGUGGCUUGCAGAUAUGAGGUGUCCUUGGGGUACAGCGUCAGCUGGAUUGACCACCCCCAAACUUAAUCAUUCCGCUUUAGAAACCACACCUGGACUCUGCUCUAGGAAGUAGAGAGGUGAAGGUGGUGUUUGUGUGGCAGGAGCUGGAGCCUUGGAUGGCUCUGGAUGGAGCAAGGCAGAAAGAAGGCAGGAAAGUGCACUCUUCUGCUGCAGGUUUGCUCGUGGGGCUUGUGGGGCACAAGGGCCGAACAGACAAGUUUCCUUCCACCCACUGCUGCUUCUCUCUUCCCAAGCAUUGUUCCCCAGACAGCAGUAAAAUCUCUGGCUUAUGUUGCCAUCCCUUAGGCAGGAACUGUGCGCAUGGGCUCGUAAGAGUCUGACAUCCCGAGGGCCAGCCUGACAUUGUACAGAGCAACUUCUGUAAACAUUUGAUGUUUUUAUUAGAAUAAGUUGGUAAGCAGAGAAUUCUUCGAAGUCGGGGGGAAAAAAGGAAGUCCCCUGUCUUCUCUUUGACUCUGUAUUUGUUUCCAAGAGUUUAUCUCGUAUUGAGCUAUUUUACCUCUCACGCAUCCCAGGGCAUCUCUCCCUGGAAUCUGUCUUAAAGUGGUAUUUCUGAAUAUCACUGACAGGCUCCACAAAGCAGAAUGCUGACUCAGCAAUUUCUUGUUACUUUGUGUAUGGGCUUGUGGCAAACUUUCAAGGACAAAUUGCAAAAAAGAAUAAAUGACAGUCUCCCUUAAGAAUAGUUCCCCCAGUCAUCCCCAUAGCACUUAAGCAAGGAUCUGCUGAGGACUGACAGUCUCUCAAAUAGGAGUUAUAGUUUCUGAAAAAAAUUACAGAGGUAGUAGAGUGCUUCCAAAGGACAUCAGUCAUUAAUCUGUGGAUGUUAGUGAGAGCAAUGCUGAUGCUUACUGCCGUGCACCCUAUUGGUAUGCGGUAAAUACUUAUGUCAAUGGCAGGUUUUAACUUGUUAUGCAACAGUAUUACAGAACCCAGGUUUCAUUGAUGUGUUAUUUGUGGUAGCUGGACACAGGUUAUGAGUUGAGGAAAGAUUUCUUUGGAAAAGCAGAAUAUGGCAUUGAAAGCACUUUGGCAACCAAGAAAAAGACAGGUUAUCCAAAAUUAGGACUAGGGACUGACUGUGAGAUUAAAGCAAGGUUUAGACAAGGCUUUAAGUAAAAUAAUGGUUGCCAAAGUACAGAAUCAUUUUUUUAGGCUGUUCUUACAUUCAGAACAAUUUCAAAUAUGAGGAGCAAGCUCUAUGUAAGGAACAUAUUGGGGUGGAGUGCUUUUAAACCUUUACACACACUCCACAAACUUCCCCUGUUGCUCUGCUCUUGGCAGAACACUCUUUGUUUACGUGGUGCAGCAGUUACUUUUCUGUUGCUGUGAUAAAAAUACCACGACUAAAAACAACUUCUGGAAGAAAGAGUUGGUUUUGACUUGCCGUUCCAUGGAGAGAGUUAAUGGUGGUGAGGAAGGCCAUGGCAGGAGGUGGCCAAAGCAGGAAGUGGAGAACUCACAUCUUGUUUUAAAACAUUUUUUGAUAUAUUUAUUUUCUGUAUAUUAGUGUUUGGUCUGCAUGUACAUAAUGUGUUGUGCAGUGCCCAUGGAGGUUGGAAGAUGACAUCACAUUUCCUGGAACUGGAGUCACAGAUGGCUGUUACUGCUGUAUAGGUGCUAGGAACCGAACCCAAGUCCUCUGCAAGAGCAGCCAGUGCUCUUACUGCUGAGCCAUCUCUCCAGCCAUCUCUUCAGCUACCUCUUAAACUGUAAACACCAAACAGAGCAAACUGAGUGGGGUGAGGCUGUAAACUCUGAAAGCCCACCACCAGUGACAUACUUCCUCCUUUAGGCUACACCUAAAGAUUCCAAGACCUCCCUAGACAGCACCACUACCUGGAGCCCAAGUGUUCAAAUACUUGAGCCUGAGGGGAACAUUUCAUUCCAAACACAAGACUUGGGAGAUGCCUUUCCUUGAUCUCAAAAAAAGUUCCUGAGUAGAAAAUCUGGAUUUCUAUCUUCUAGAUGAUUAUGUUGUGAGUAAAUGUAGCAUCCUGAAUUUUGACAUCCCUCUGCUCAGUCCUAGAAUUUUAGAAAUGUUAAUUGCUGCUUAUAUUUGUUCUUUUGUUUGUUUUUCUAAUGUUUACCCCUUCCAUCCAGCUUUAUGAAUAAUUGUAAGAUCACAGUAUCUUAAUCAUUUGUUUUUAAUCCCUCUUGCCCUUUCCCUAAGCCAGGUUGGAAUUGAGACUAUUAUAAUAGAUGUCUUAAUACUCAGUUACAGACUAAUAAGUUCAUGUUUAAUGGGUCUGGAGUGAUGGCUCAGUGCUUAAAAGCACAGGCUGCUCUUGCAGAAAACCCAAACUAAGUUCUCAGUACCCAUCUCAGGCACUUCAAAACUACCUGUAACUACAGCUCCAGGGAAUUCAAUGCCCUCUUCUGGCCUUCUCAGGCAUCUACAGGUGCGCGCGCGCGCGCGCGCGCGCACACACAUACACACACACA